AUGGCAUCACCAGUGGAAAGAGUCAAUGCGCUACUCACAGAAGCCAUCAAGCCGCAGAUUUUGAAAGUCGUCGACGAGAGCGGAGGCUGCGAUGGAUACAAAUUUCGGCUUCUCAUCGUCUCUGAGGCGUUUGAGGGCAAGUGUACGCUGCAAUCUCACCGAUUGGUCCAAGCUGCUCUUGCUCCAAUCAUGGACGAAACUCACGCGCUCACCAUCUGCGCCUACACACCUGAAAGAUGGUCCCAAAUGACGACGGAAGACCGUCAAAAUGCCGGUUGCCAGGAUUUGGUGGACUAAUUUGCUGUACUUUUUAAAUGAAUGAUUCUAUUU